AUAUAAGUCAGGUGUGGGAUAGUCCGGCGAGUCAGUGUCUCCCACGAUGUUAGUAGUGUGGUUGUGUGUGCUAGGCUGCGUCACUGCUGACGCCCAGCAGUCUCCUCCUCUAAUAGCAACCUUGGCCCGGAACGAGUCUGAGAAGCUAGAGGAGGAUGCGAGGAACUUCCUGCAGGAGUUGGACGUGCGGGGGUCACAGGAGUGCACGGAGUCCGCCAUGGCCAGCUGGAAUUAUGCCUCCGACAUAACAGAGGAACACAGGAAACUAAAGGCGAAAGCGCAAUUGAAAUAUGCGGCAUGGCAGAAGGAGUCGUGGGAGAGCGUUCGGAAGUGGCGCGGCAAGUGGGAGACCCUGAGCGAUCCCUUCCUCAGGAGGCAGUUCAAGUUCUUGUCUAUCCUCGGCACAGCCGCCCUCCCCAAACAAGACCUCGAGAAGUACAACGACCUGGUGACGGAGAUGUCGACGUUAUACAGCACCGCUAAGAUCUGCGACUACAAGAACCCUAAAAACUGCAAUUUGGAGCUUGAACCAGACCUGACGCGUAUCCUGAGGACGAGCCGGGACUACGAGGAGCUGGAGCAUGUGUGGAAGAUGUGGCGCCUCCAGACGGGUCGCAGGAUCAAAGACCACUACAGGCUCUUCGUCAAACUGGCCAACAAGGCGGCCAAGCUCAACGGUUUUGACAAUAUGGGAGACAUGUGGCUGUAUCCAUACGAGUCGAAUACGUUCCGGAGUGACCUAGCAGAGUUAUGGAAUCAGUUGAUGCCUCUGUACCAGCAACUGCACGCCUAUGCCAGAAGGAAACUGAGGGAGAAAUACGGCGAAGAGCAUGUGAGUCGUCGUGGUCCCAUCCCAGCCCAUCUACUGGGCAAUAUGUGGGCCCAGCACUGGGGUGAAGUGUACGACCUAAUGAUCCCCUUCCCUGGCAAGGUCUCCGUUGAUAUCACCCCACAAAUGGUGGAACAGGGCUACACGCCUCGGAGGAUGUUCGAGCUGGCUGAGGACUUCUUCGUCUCCCUCAAUCUGACGAGGAUGCCGCAGGAGUUCUGGCAGCACUCCAUCAUAGAGAAGCCCCAAGGCAGGGACCUGGUGUGUCACGCCUCCGCUUGGGACUUUUGUAACGGCAAGGACUUUAGAAUUAAACAGUGUACGGAUGUGACAAUGAAUGAACUGAUAACAGUUCACCACGAAAUGGGCCACAUAGAGUACUUCCUGCAGUACAAGCACCUCCCAGAGGUGUUCCGCGACGGCGCCAACCCAGGGUUCCACGAGGCGGUGGGAGACGUCUUGGCCCUGAGCGUCGCCACACCUAAGCAUCUUCACGAGAUUGGGCUCCUGGAGGAGGUACACGACGACCCGGAAGUCGACAUCAACUUCCUCAUGAGCAUGGCACUUGAUAAGAUCACUUUCCUGCCUUUCGGAUACCUGAUGGACUUGUGGCGGUGGGAUGUGUUCAGUGGCAGGAUCUCUGAGCGGGACUGGAACUGCGCCUGGUGGGAACUUAGAUACAAGAUACAGGGAAUCAAGCCUCCAGUCCAACGUUCAGAGUACGACUUCGACCCGGGAGCAAAGUACCACAUUCCGGCCAACGUGCCGUAUGUCGGGUACUUUGUGAGCUUUGUGGUGCAGUUCCAGUUCCACAAGGCCCUGUGCAUGAAGGCGGGAGAGUACGACCCCCUCGACCCUUCCAAGCCCCUGCACAAGUGUGACAUCUACAAGUCCACUGAGGCUGGCAACGCCCUCGGGGAUAUGCUGCAGCUGGGGUCGUCGAAGAUGUGGCCCGAGGCAAUGGCAGCUCUAACAGGCACUCGCAACAUGGACGCCUCGGUCAUCAGGGAGUACUUCAAGCCUCUGGAACUGUGGCUGACACAGGACAAUGAGCGCCAUAGGGAGUCUGUUGGCUGGGAGACUGAUGAAGUGAUGUGUACAUCUGAGGCGCCCAAGGAGAAGCCUAAAGCCAAGUCGACGUCGGGUGCUGGCGGAGCUCCGGUCUCCAGGUCGCUCCUGCUCCUCGCCCUCACUCUCAUUCAUCUCUUUAAAUUAAGAUUCAAUAGGUUAUUAUAUUAGGUUUAGCACAAGACUCCCUGCUCAGAUUUCUCGUAUAGUGAUAUGGGAAAGUGGUUGUUAAUAUAUAUAUAUAUGUUUAAGCAACACCCUUGUUAUAAAACGGGUUUUGCAUUAAGUGAAUUUUUAGCGUCUUCUUUAAUAUAUAUUUUUGUGUAUUCUGUUUCAUAUAUGUAAAAAAAAAUUUUUUUACUAAAUGUCUAUAUACUCUAAAUGUAUAUACACUAAAUAUAUAUAAAAUAUAAUAUAUUCUGUAUGUUGAAAUAGUAACUUAAUAUUGUAGCUUUUUUAACAUACAGUACAAACUUUCAGUUCAAUGCCUCAGUACCUCCGAGAGAGAGAUUGCUAAUUUUAAUAUAAUAGAAACGUUGUCAUGAAAACCGUCCUCGACUUGUUUUGUGAUGAUUCUAGUGAUCACUUGGGGAAGGGUCCCGGCAUGCACUGCGGCAACUGCCAGGUGAGGCGCCAGAGAAGUGAACAUUCCGACUUGACUCCUGUCAACGUAAAGUGUUCACGAUGAACAAAAAGUACAACAGGGAACCUGAAUUAGAACCUUGAACGAAGUUUACUUUUGUUAAUGCAAAUGCAAAAUAUUUUCAAAUGGCUUGUUUUAUUUCUCCAAUGGACUCGUGCAUAUUAUAAGUCAUUUGACACGAGAAUAAAGUUGACAGGAAUGUGGGAAAAUUUUACCCACUAUAUCUAUCUAAGAAAUGUAUUACUUCUAUAUCAUGCCUAUAUUUUACAUCGGAAUCAUAUCUCUACUAUAUCCUACCUCCAGAAUCACACAAGAUUCAUUAUCUUGUACAUCAACUAGAUCCUAGAUAACCACUUAGUGACGUAAUCGUUACAUAGGAUACAUGUAAUCGUAAAGGAUCUAGAAGCUCCAAGAAUGAGCUGAUAAUCGAAAUACUGUUGAAACUAAAUUAUAACUUCCUGUGGCGUAUUUCCAAAUCCAUAAUAAAAGAUCAAUUGUACAGUUUGUACUACCUAUAAGCACAAAAUUCUGUCUAUUUAUCUUAUAAUUCAACUUCACAAUAAUGUCUAAACAAUAAAAAAUAGUCAAUC